AUGUCCGGAUUAUCUGAUGAGCCACCUCAGAAACACAAAACAUUUGUUGUUUCCGAGAUGCUGGAGCAGCUAAACCGCUACACCUCUGAAUCACAUACAGCAACACAAUCAUCGCAUACCAACCCAAAUCCACUCCAGAGCAACUCAGAAAUCGAUGAGAUCAUUUUCAAUACUCCGUCUGACAAGAGUUUGCUUGCGCGGAAACCAUGGGCGUCGAAUCCUCACUAUUUCCAUACAGUCCAUAUCUCAGCUAUCGCCCUGCUCAAGAUGGUAAUGCACGCGAGAUCAGGUGGGUCUAUCGAAAUCAUGGGGAUGCUGACAGGUAAAGUUGUGAGACCUUACGAGAUGGUUAUUAUGGACACAUAUCCUCUUCCAGUUGAAGGAACGGAAACUCGUGUCAAUGCUCAGAACGAGGGCUACGAGUUCAUGGUGCAGCACCUGGAGAGACUCAAAGCUAUGGGGAAGGAAGAGAACCUUAUUGGAUGGUAUCACUCUCAUCCUGGCUACGGUUGCUGGCUCAGCGGAAUUGAUGUUGCUACUCAAGCUUUGAAUCAGGGAUUUCAGGAUCCGUAUGUUGCUCUGGUUAUUGAUCCAGAAAGAACGUUUAAACAGUCCAAGGUGGAGAUAGGCGCUUUCAGGACUCUUCCAGACAAGAUACCAUCAACGCCCGGAAAAACGACAAAAUCCGGAAACAAGCCACCAAAGUAUUCGACCCGAGUUCCCAAAGGAAAACAGGAAGAUUUCGGAGUUCAUGCCAAACGAUAUUACUCGUUGGAAGUCAAAGUGUUCAAGUCCAGUGAAGACAGGAGGGUGUUGAAAGCGCUGAAAUCGAAUUAUCAGUUUUCAGACAUCCUCAAGGAGACAGAACAUCUUACGGAUCGCGAGCGCGGAGAGUUAUUUGACCGUCUAGACGUUCUUACUGGUAGAUUGGCAAAGUGUAUACCGCAAGCUUCAGUGUCUGCUCAGUCAUUAGCCGAUAUUGGGGAAGGGUUCUUGGGAGGAUACCCUAUGGCGCCAACCAAGAGAAAAAGGCCUGAUCGUUUUGACGAUUCCGAUGACUUUCAAAAAGAUGUAUCAAUUGGAUCUCCUACUCUGAGAUCACGUUUACAAAGUGACAAUUUGAAGAUACUGGCUCGAGAUUUUCACAGCUUGGUUCAGGGGAAUCUGCGAGGAGUGAUUGUGAGGGAUGUAGAGGAGGCCCUCUUUCAAAAGGAGUCGCAAUAG